GAGGCCGCGGGCGAGACCCGGCGGGCGGCCCUGACCCGCGUGCACCGGCGGAGGUGCGACCGCGAGCGGGGGGCUGCCGAGCUGGACGGCGAUGCCGACGAGCAGGCGCCGGAGCUGGCGGAGGGCACCGCGGCAGCGCAGGCGCCGGAGCUGGCGGAGGGCACCGCGGCGGCGGAUGACGCCGCUCCUGUCCUGCAGGAGAGCGCCGGGGCCGUGCCAGAGGCGCCGGAGCUGGCGGAGGGCACCGCGGCGGCGGACGACGCCGCUCCUGUCCUGCAGGAGAGCGCAGGGGCCGUGCCAGAGGCGCCGGAGCUGGCGGAGGGCACCGCGGCGGCGGACGACGCCGCUCCUGUCCUGCAGGAGAGCGCAGGGGCCGUGCCAGAGGCGCCGGAGCCGGCGGAGGGCACCGCGGCGGCGGACGACGCCGCUCCUGUCCUGCAAGAGAGCGCCGGGGCCGUGCCAGAGGCGCCGGAGCUGGCGGAGGGGACCGCGGCGGCGGACGACGCCGCUCCUGUCCUGCAGGAGAGCGGGGUCUGCCUGAG